UGCUUCACAUGAUUCUGAAAAAGAAGCAGAGCUGAUCAGCUGCGUCAGGACUUCAGACCUGGACACACUGAUGGCGCUCCACCAGCAGGGGGCAGACAUCCUGCUGCGGGACGACGCUGGGUGCACGCUACUGCAUCACGCCGUCCAGGUCGGCAGUACAGACAUCGUCAAGUACCUCGUCGACAACGUUCCCACGUCUCACCUGGACGUAACCGAGAAAGACACCGGUGAGACGGCACUCCACAUGGCUGCCACCUGCUGUCAGAGGAUGAUAUGUCACUACCUGGUGGAGGGCGGGGCGUCGCUCAUUAAGACGGACCUGCAGGGUCAGAUUCCUAAACAACGAGCUCAGAAGAACAACGACCAGGAACUGAGUGAAUAUCUGCAGAAACAUCAGCAGAGAGACGACCAGGAGACGCCUGUCUAACCACCGACCUGUCCAACCACCAACCUGUCUAACCACCAACCUGUCCAACCAACAACCUGUC